UGAGCUUGGGUCCGACUCGAGUUUGGGCUUAGGAUCGAGACUGGUCUGCGAGGCCCCCAAACUGGCGAUACAUCCACCUUGAGGAGGACAGACCUGACACAGAGAGACGGACCGAGCAAGGCGACAUGGCCUCCCCAUUCCUGUCCACAGGAGCCACCACGGGCGAUAGCGGCGGCGAACAGAGCUCAGGGGACGACUCUGGUGAUGUCGGUGAAUCCCUGCAGAGCCCCGAGAGCGAGGCAUCCAGGAGCCUGACAGAGCUGUUUGAGAAGGCUGCAGCGCACCUCCAAGGCCUGAUUCAGGUGGCUAGCAGGGAGCAGCUCUUGUACCUGUAUGCCAGGUACAAGCAGGUCAAAGUUGGAAAUUGCAAUACUCCUAAACCAAGCUUCUUUGAUUUUGAAGGAAAGCAAAAAUGGGAAGCAUGGAAAGCACUUGGUGAUUCAAGCCCCAGCCAAGCAAUGCAGGAAUAUAUCGCAGUAGUUAAAAAAUUAGAUCCAGGUUGGAAUCCUCAGACACCAGUGAAGAAAGGAAAAGAAGCAAAUACUGGGUUUGGUGGACCAGUUGUUAGUUCAUUGUACCAUGAAGAAAUCAUCAGGGAAGAAGACAAAAACAUAUUCGAUUACUGCAGGGAAAACAACAUUGACCAUAUAACCAAAGCCAUCAAAUCAAAAAAUGUGGAUGUGAAUAUGAAAGAUGAAGAGGGUAGAGCUCUACUCCAUUGGGCAUGUGAUCGAGGACAUAAGGAACUAGUUACAGUCUUGCUACAAUGUAGAGCUGACAUUAACUGCCAGGACAAUGAAGGUCAAACGGCUCUACAUUAUGCCUCUGCCUGUGAGUUUCUGGACAUUGUGGAGUUGCUGUUGCAGUCUGGCGCUGACCCCACACUCCGCGACCAGGACGGCUGCCUGCCGGAAGAGGUGACGGGCUGCAAGGCGGUGUCUUUGGUGCUGCAGCAGCACACAGCCAGCAAGGCUUAGUCAGAGGAUGAGAAAGCCACAGUCUGUGCAGCAUAGGGCUUCGGGGAUGAGAGAAAACAGCAAAACUAAUGCUCCUUUUGAUAUGCACUGGCUAAUAAAAUCAUGACAUUCUGAGGAACUGGGA